AUGAAAUGGGCCAGAAAAAGAACCCGGAAGGGAAGCGGGACAGCUGUCCGCAAAACCCCCUCCCCUGUUCCUCGCCAAUCCCCAUUUCAAACAAACCCCCGUCCCCGUCCCCCCCCGAGGGCCGCCGUGAAGCCCUCGCCGCCGCCGUUGCCGGCGGGGACCGUCGUCGUGGUGCUCGCGCUCGUGCGCGCCGUCCUCACCCUGACGCUGGUGCUCGGGCGCGUCCUCCUCGUCGCGGCCGAAGCGCUCCCCUACCUGGGCUUCGCGACUCUGUGGGUCAUCUCCGCGGCCGCGGCUGCCAGGGUCGUGGGAAGCCGAGCCUGGGACGAGGGCUCCGCCUCCGCCGUGUUUCUCCAGGCACUCGCGGACGGGGCUCUCAAGGCCAGCUUCCUUGUCCUGCAAGCGCUUGGCACCGUGAUGCUGUGCGGCCAGUUCCUGCUCUACGUGGUUGCAGCUGUAUCUGGAUCCGGUUCAGAGUUCCACAAGAGAGCCCAUGGAGCUUUCAACCAGGAGUUGAUUAGGGGGGGUUCCUCCCCGCACCGCAGUCCUUGGAACAUUCGCUUCUACGCCCUUCAUCCUGCUAAUUUUAGCUGGUUCUCUGGUGCAAUGCAUGAUGUCGAAAAAGAUUGGUUUUGUGAUUGUGGAUGUGGGGAUAUUUGGCUCUAGUGCCAUACCUUGCUUUGUUGUCAUUCCAGCUGUAGUACUGAGUAACUGGAGGGAGGACCAGAUGUCAAAGAAAAACAUGACUCACGUUGCAGACUGUUGAGGUAUAUACCUUUCCCUAUAUCCAGAAGCCAUAUUAUUUUCAGUUAAUUUGUAUAUCUUGUGCACAUUAUUGGUCUCCUAAUAACAUGAAAACAGUUCCCCAAUGUUGUGAAUUUGCAAUCAUUUUUCUUAGUGGCAGGAACCUUGAUUGUUGUUUGUUAACAUGGAGUACUGUUAUAUCUUAAACCAAUGAGGGUUUUCCUAUUCCUUCUGGUAGUUGCAUAUUUGCAUUGAUGACAAACAUUGGGGUUAGCCUCAAUCUUCAGUUAUGCUGAGUGGCCAACUGCCGCAGUUCUACUGUGUGCCUUUGUUGUGAACUGAUCAUCAAAAUGAUAUUGGAUAUUUAAAUUUAGUACUGAUCUUCUUUGGUUAAGUCUUCAAU